AUGCUGCCACAGUCAUAUCUAACGCCAACAACAAGCGCAUCACCAGAAAUUGCAACAACAAUAACGCCGACUGUGAGCACACAACAUCUGCACCAUCCCGGUUGCUACGACGCGAGCUGUGAAUGCACCGGUCAUAAGCUUCAUUGUUUCAUGAAUGGCGUUUCUAUAGAUAUCUACGAAUACGAUUCAAUAUAUAGUAUUUCUAUAAGCUGCGAGGAGAAUACAACUGCUAAGGAAAUACAGCAGGUGCAAUUCCCUUACCACUUUCAAUAUAGUUUGGCUGUGUUUGAAAUAAAGAACUGUGCAGUCUUGCCGGAAAUAUUGAGACGCGCAAAUAUAAACUACAUUGGUACUAUCAUAUUCGAUAGCGGUUUACUUGUGCCUGCACGAUUUUUUCACAACGCGGUUGGUUUGCCAAAAUUGCGCUUUGAGUUCGAGGUUAAUAGUAGCUCCGCAGACAUAUUGCCGGCUCAACUUUUUCACAACCAAAGCGCAUUGAGAGAACUUGAGUUAGUACUGUAUUGUGAGCCUUAUGAGGUAACACUACCAUCGCAAAUAUUUCAUACGCUCUACGGGCUGGAGGUCAUUUCAGUGAACGCUAAUCAAUGGAAGGGCAUAUAUAACAAAACGGUGUUACGUAAUUUGACAGCGGAACACUUUCGUGAUACAUCGAAUUUGCGUAAAAUAUAUUUGCAAGGUAAUUUCAUGCAAACGUUGUCAAGUGAACUGUUUGCCACACUAACUGAGUUAAACGAAUUGAAUUUAUCAUUUAAUGAUUUGACGGCACUGCCAUGUGGUUUACUGCGCGCGCAAGUAAAACUGAUAGUUCUUAAUCUUUCUAAUAAUCUGUUGCAGGCGCUACCUCCUGACAUCUUUGAUGCGACCCCGCUUUUAUGGCAGCUCGAUUUGAGUUACAAUCAAAUGAGUGUGCCUACAAAUAUUAUUGCUGCUGUCCAACCAUUGCGAUAUCUCUACAGACUCUUUUUGAGUUACAAUAACAUUAUGCAUAUUGCGGGUGCUGGUGAGUUUGAAAAUCAUACAUUAAUCUCGCGUCAGCAAAUUAGAGAAAUUAGUGGUGACGAUAAGGCUGUGCUUUAUUUGCAAAAAUAUUUGAAUCAGCUGUCGAGCAACACGAAGUCACCCAAUAUGACUUUUAUCGAUCCAAGUUUUAAUAUCAUCGAAACAUUUCAUUUACGUGAGAUCAGUGCUGUUGACCUGAGGUGUCCUUAUGAGCUCGAUUUCAGCAAUAAUCAAAUAAAUCGUAUAUACGCAUUAAGUUACCCACCACCUAAUGAUGGCGUGUGUACGCGUAAAAUAAUAUUAAAGAGCAAUCCACUGCAGUGCGACUGCAUCUUACCUUGGAUCCUCAGCGCAAACAUCUUAAUCGAGACUGAGAAGUGUGUUGGGCCCGAUGGCAGCAUGCAGACAUAUUUGUCUAACUGCACCUGGACGCCACGGCUUUGUCCCACCGACUGCAAUUGCCACUAUGACACGGCAACGGUGCACAUCAACUGUACACAAGCGGGUUUGGUGAGUCUUACGGAGUUGCCGCGACCAGAGCAGGUUUCUUUGACACAGAGUUCGCUUGAUAUUUCGCACAAUCUCUUUUUCGAAUUACCUCCGAAUGUAACCUUCGGUUACUCCAAUGUAACGCGCUUGUAUGCGGCACACAAUCGCAUAGAAAAUAUACACAGCGCGCACUUGCAAUUGCUGAACGCCGUGCGCACGCAUCGUAAGCGCAUACCCGAUGUGGCACACUUGACUUGUGCUAAUCUAGAGAAUAUCAGCUUGCUGCAAGUGCGCUACGAAAAUGUAUGUGUGCCAGAAUCAGUGCGCUUGGCGUGGUUACUUUUCAGCAUCUCGCUGGUAAUUAUUGUGUUCAUAAGCCUAAUAGCGCUGUACUAUAAAUAUAAUUUGGAGAUCCAUGUGUGGCUGUAUGCGCACGGUAUGUUUCUCUGUUGUAUACGCGAACAUGAGUUGGACAAGGACAAAACUUUCGAUGCAUUCAUAUCGUAUGCCCAUCAGGACGCACGUUUUGUCAAUGACAUUCUAUUGCCUGGUCUAGAGCAGGGUGAGCCAGAAUUUAGUGUCUGCACGCAUGAGCGCAAUUGGUUGGCGGGCGCUUACAUACCCGAACAAAUUAUUGAGUCAGUCGCUCAAUCGCGUCGUACGAUUAUUGUCCUCUCACAACAUUUCAUCGAAUCGGAUUGGGCACGCAUGGAAUUCCGUACCGCACAUCAGUGCGCCUUGAAUGAGCGACGCUCGCGCAUAAUUAUAAUAAAGUACGGUGAGCUUACCGACUUGACGAAGCUCGAUAAGGCGUUACGCGCCUAUUUGACUAUGAACACCUACUUGGAGUGGGUAGAGCUACGUUAUGCAAUGCCACAUCGCAAGGGAGAGGUGCGCAGUGCCGGCAUGCUUGAGUUGAACGAACGGAGAGUAUAUGUCAUUGGCGAUGUUGAGCGGAAUACGUUGUGCGAACGAGAUGAAUAG